AUGGUAAAGAAGAAGGAGGUCUGUUGCUCCAAUCAAUCACUCUGCCGUGGUGUGCCUGACGCUGACGAGCUGCGGGAAGGGGGGGAAGAGUGGGCGCGCGCUGACACGUUCCUCGCAGGGAACCUCCACUUCAAGGGUCGGUCGACAAAGUACUCGGUACGAACAGCCCAAAAACGGGGACCGCACCCCACAAAGGGGGAGGAGAUAGAUGGAGGGGCGUCUCCGGAGCAAGCGCUGGGAACGGCCGCCGAGCAGCGUGAGCGUUCUGCCACCUGCAUCUUCCUCCCAAAUGCCCGGUGCACGGCCCCCCAACGCUGUCGACCAACAAGCCUUCAAGUCUCCCGGCCCGUGUGCCUCCACCGAGAAAUACCCCAGCCCGUCCGUCACCAAUGCCUGGUGUACAAACAAAUCGCACGCCGUCAAUCGACAGGCAACACCGUACAUGUUUCCGUGGAAGGUCCGGGCCGGGAAACACAACAAGACGAUCUGUGCUCCUCAGCCUUGGAAUCCUUGAUGGAAGAUCGUGCCAUGGAUCUGGAAAUGGUGUCUACCCGCUGCUGCUGUUGCUGCCCUGCCGGAUCCUGUUGUGGCCAGAUCAACGAACGACAGACAGGCAUUUACUGUUUAGAACUCGGACAUUCAAAGGUGAACACUGCUUUCCUUGCUUGUCAGGGCAUGAAACAACCGCUUCCUCCGAGCCCUCUCCGAGUCCCAAAGAGUACCCAGCGACUCGACGAUGUCAACUACAAGUGUCCUCCACCACUAUGCUUCACGUGCACACAUGUAGUGCAUAAACAGGCCGUGGCAGUGGCGUGGCAUCAACACGACAUUUGA